UAAAGCAGAAACAAUUUUGUCUAUGUUUAAACCAUUCCUCGUUUCCUGAGGAAGAAUCUCGAACUCAAACAGUUCAGCGAAACAAAACAACACUUUCUGUUUCCAGUAUCCCCAAAAGAAGACCAUGUUAGCGUCCACAAUCCCAAUCCUAACACCCACCUCCAACCUCAACCCUUCCCAUUUCGUACCCUCAAUCACAUCAACCAGAGUCACAUUCCCACAAUCUUCUUCCUCUUCCAAACCACACUCAAACCCCCCUCUGUUUGUCAGGUUUUGUCGUAGCACCAGUAGUAACGGUUCUCCUGACCCCGCCGUUGGUCCCGCUUCUCCGGAAAUUGAUGAAGUAGAAAGUGAAUCAUCAUCUGAUUUUGGUGAUAGCUAUGUGGCCUUGUUUGUUCGUAUGCUAGGCCUAGAUCAUGAUUCUCUUGAUAGAGAACAGGCUAUAACUACUCUUUGGCAAUAUUCACUUGGUGGAAAGAAGUGUGUUGAUGAUAUAAUGCAAUUUCCUGGCUGUAUUAAUCUUGUUGUGAACCUCCUUAGAUCGGAGUCAAGUUCGUCGUGUGAGGCUGCUGCAGGCCUUCUGCGAUCGAUAUCUUCAAUCGACGUAUAUAGGAAUUCUGUAGCAGAUAGUGGAGCUAUAGAAGAGAUAAAUGGAUUGCUAACACAAUCUUCCCUGGGUCCUGAGGUAAAGGUGCAGAGUUUGAAUACGCUGUGGAACUUAUCUGUUGACGAGAAGCUCCGCGUUAAACUAGCAAAGAGUGAUAUUCUUUUGUUAGCUAUUAAGUAUCUUGAUGAUGAGGAUAUAAAGGUGAAGGAAGCUGCUGUGAGUGUUUUGGAAAAUUUAGCACUGAGCCGUGUUAACCAUGAUGUCAUGGUUGAAGCAGGUGUUAUUCCAAAAUUGGCGAAAUUCUUAACAUUUUACUCUAAAGGAUAUAAAGUCAUUACAAAAGAAGCAAGGAAUGCAUUGCUGGAACUUGUGAAGGACGACUACUACAGAAUUCUUGUUAUUGAGGAAGGUUUAGUUCCUGUGCCAUUAAUAGGUGCCGCAGCUUAUAAGUCAUACACCCCACGUUUAUAUGAAUCACCCGCAUUUCCAGAUGGUACGGAGAUUGAAAAGACAUACACAAAACCUUCUAGAUAUGGUGCAGCAGAAGUACUUGUCGGAUUAAAUGUUGAUAAUAAUGCUAUCAUAGAUGAAGCAAAAGCCAAUGCAGUGAUUGGACAGUCACAACAGCAAUUCCUUGUUCGUACUGGUGCCAUAGAAAUGGGAGAAACGACAUCUCAUUCUGAACAUUCAGAUGAUCAGCCGCGUCAUACACUUUUACAUUGGAUUGACGGGGUUGCUCGUUUAGUACUGAUACUAGAACUAGAAGAUAAGUCAGCAGUACUAAGAGCUGCAGAGUCAAUUGCCAGUGUAUGUAUCAAUGAACAUAUGCGUAUUGCAUUCAAGGAGGCUGGUGCGGUAAAUCAAUUAAUACGGCUUUUGAGUUCCAAUGAUGAUGCAAUCCAGCUGGCAGCCACUCAAGCAUUGGAAGCGCUGUCUGCUAGCAACAUGGUUUGCCGCUUUAUUGAGGCCAAGGGCGGUGUGGAUCCUUUAGUUAGUAUUUUAAAAUGCUCAGAUAUAGGCGGAGCUAUUGUGGAAAAGUCUCUGAACGUACUUGCUCAGAUAUUAGACCCCAAUAAAGAGAUGCAAUUGAAGUUUUAUGAUGGAUCAGUUAAUGGAUCUGAGAUGGAAUUUGGUGGAGCCAAAAAUGAUGGUGGAUUAAGUAGCACCGACUCUGAGCAAGCCAUAUCAAAAACAAACACAAGGAACAAUCUGGACUCAAUUUUCACUGCACGCCUUGUUGAGAUUUUAAAGUCCUCUUCGCCCAGUUUACAAGAAAAGGCUGCAUCUGUUCUAGAGUUUGUGGCAUUGACUGACCCAACACUGGCUCCGAUUAUAUCCGUGGAUAUUGAAAAUGGCCUCAGUUCUACUUUUCAGCAAAAUUUCUUGAAAGUUUCGGCAGACACAGAAUCUGAUGCGGAAGAUCAGUUUUCAGCAGCAUAUGCUAUUAAACUUGAAGAAGCCGGUCUUGCAAUAUCUGCAGCUUCCCGGUUACUGACAAGACUGCUUGACUCUCAGCAGUUUCACAACAAAAUAAAUUUCUCCAGUUUCAUUGACACGCUCCGCAAAAUUCUCAAGUCCAAUAUUCCUCUCCGCAGCAAAGAUUGGGUAGCUGCUUGCCUAGUUAAACUAAGUUCUCUCUCUGGUUACGACACGAGUUCUAAUCCGAUCAAUGUGGAAGUUACACUUUAUGAGACGAUUCCAAGACUUGUAGAACAGAUCAAAACUUCAUCCUCUUUAGAAGCUCAGGAAAAUGCUGUUGUCGAACUAAAUAGAAUAGUAUCUGAAGGGGUGGUAGAUUCCACCGGAGCUAUUAUUUCUCUAGGGGCGGUGAAUCCGUUGGUGAAGCUGAUUGAAGAAGGAAGUGAAAUAGGUGUUGAAGCAAGCUUGACAAUACUGUAUAAUCUGAGUAUGGACAUUGAGAACCAUGCGGUACUUGUAGCCGCUGGAGCCGUCCCUUCCUUAAAAAGAAUUGUUCUUUCAGAAAAACCGCAGUGGCAAAGGGCACUUCAUUUGCUCAGGAGUUUGCAGAUAUGACGAGCCUAAGGGCAGAAAUCUUUAAACAAUUCUUAUGCUGUGCUUUAUUAUCUGUUUAGAAGAAAAUAUUUUGUCCCUAUAUGUUAAAACUCAAAUGUAUUUAGAUUCUACUAAUGUAUUCUUGGUUUUGUAUCUUAGAAUUGGACCAAUUGAGAGCAAACUCUACAUGGGGUUAUGAUGAUAUUUAUACACGGGGUUAUGAUUGUUGGAAAUUUUGCAAACAUUGCGGUCCGUUCCUAGCCGCCGAAUUGGAGCAUCUGGGUUGUUCAUAGAGAUCAACUUGGUAAAUUAGGGUAAUUAAUAGAGAAUAACAGAAAUAGUAGGAAUAGCACAUUGUAUUAUUACUUCUGAUAAGGAAAAUCAACUAGAAUCAGAGUGUUAUUCUGUCUGA